CUUCUCUUUUCUUAAUCGCUCUCCUAACUAAAUUACUCAUCACUAAUCACUUUUGAUUUCUUAUAUAGCUCAGCUCUCUGCCUUAAAGUCAGAGCACCCUUUUCUUCAGUCAGUGUCUUUGACCGGUAGCAAUUACCUCUUCUUUCAAAUUCAAAUUCCACCCUACUAUUAUUCGUUAUUUCCAAUUUUUAACCUUAAUUUUGUAUCUAUUGUUUUCUCUACUAGUUAUAAGUAUUUAAAAGGGAAUUUCGGGUAACUAGGGUUGGUUUUAUUAUUUGCAAUCAUACGAUUCUUUAGACAAUGAUCUUGUCACAAAAAGGAUGCAAUCAACGUGACUUGCAACCUUUUCUUAAGAACAGAUCAAGUGUCGAAAAAAGUUUCUAUUUCUGGAUUUUCCAAAUAUUUAACAGAUCUAGUCUCUCUUGUGUCGCAAGCAACAAGUGACAAUCAUGCAAAUGGGAAGUUCAUGUUUACCUCCAGGAUUUAGAUUUCAUCCAACUGAUGAAGAGCUUAUAGGCUAUUACUUAAGUAGAAAAGUACAAGGUCUGGAGAUCGAGCUCGAAGUCAUUCCUGUCAUUGAUUUAUACAAAUUCGAUCCAUGGGAGUUACCAGAUAAAUCUUUCCUUCCGAAUAGGGAUAUGGAAUGGUUCUUCUUCUGUCCGAGAGACAAAAAGUAUCCAAACGGUACUCGAACCAAUAGAGCCACAAAAGCCGGUUAUUGGAAAGCGACCGGUAAAGACCGGAAAAUUACUUGUAAAUCGUCGGGUGUUAUAACCGGAUACCGGAAAACACUAGUUUUCUAUGAAGGUCGUGCUCCAUUGGGUGAUAGGACUCAUUGGUUUAUGCAUGAAUAUCGUCUAUGCGAUGAUGAUCUUUCUCAAAAAUCACCAAAUUUCAUGGAAGCUUUCGUGUUAUGCCGAGUAGUUAAGAAGAAUGAGCUCAAGACCAAGACUUUGAAAAAUAAAAAUGAACAAGCAAUUGGUUCAGGUUGCUCUAGCCUUGCUACCUCUCCAUGUCGCGACGAAACGAUGCAGUUUCAGUCGUUCAAGCCUUCUUCUACUACAAAUGAUCCUUCUAGCACUUGGAUUUCUCCUGAUUUCAUCCUUGAUUCCUCAAAGGGUUAUCCUCAAAGUCAGGUGGCUGCUUCUGAGUACUUUCCCAACUAUCAUUUUCCAGUCAACACGGCGAACUUCCACGUGGGAGUUCCGGAGAGUUCUUAUUUUUUGAACGUUGAUCAGGAGAUUGAUCAAUCAGUGCAACCCGGUUAUUGGACAAAUUAUGAAUACGACCAAACCGGCUCAUUCGAUUACUCAAACCUUUUCUAGCUAGGAGGAAAUGUGUAGGUCUCUCUUCAGGACAAAAACGCCUUUUAACGUUGGAGUCUUGGAAGAAGAUCAGAAUUGGUUUAUCAUAAAUUUGGAGUCUCUUGCAUUUUAUUUUGGUUUUGUCUACUGUAUGACUAUUUUAAAGUUCUUAUUUGUAAAACUUUAGAGGAUUAUAUCAUAGAGUCUUAUUUUUAUAUAUGUUUGAUGUAUGGUAUAUGCAAAGAAAAACAUAUUUC